GAUGAGGUUCUGUGAUUUCGUUAUGCACGUACUAAAUUGGCAUGCUCACAACUUCUUUCUGUAGAGGUUUUAUUUUAGUCUCGUGUGUGUCGCUCUGCUCAAUAAAGCCUUAGUUGUUCGAAAUAUACGCUGUAUAGACAACUGGUCAUUUUUACCCAAGCAAUCAUUGGUUGUCUCAUAAUGACCAUUCGCACUUAUGCUCUCUACGGCUGUAGCAAGCGCCUGCUUGCUUGGCUGAUAAUUAUCCUCGUUGCUCUUGCAGGAGCAGCUUCGGUGGGGACAUUUGGACGGUUUUCAGGCAAUACGGUCAUCCUGCCAGGGGUUGGUUGCUACGAAACAUAUACAGCAGAGACGUCUAUCCGUCUCGGGCUGGCAUGGGUGGCCCUAUUUGUCUUCGAUUUACUCAUUUUCACCCUCACAGUGUACAGGAUUUGCAAAACUAGAGGUUUGCUACGACUAUCCCUGGUCACCAGGAGAAAUGUUAUCGAUACCAUAUUUCACGAUGGUGCGAUGUAUUUCGGAGCGAUGGCAUUGUCCAAUAUACCGAACAUCCUGACGUACUACGUCAAUUCAGUGAGCAUGGACUCGCGUUCUGUAUUAGUUUGACUAUUUCCUGAUGAGUGGCAAGGGUAUGAUGAGUGGCACCCUCGGCGCAUUUACUAGUUGCAGCAUGUCCGUUACUCUCAUCUCCCGGCU